GACAGCGCGAGAGCGCACAGCAGCCGCACUGAGCACUUUCGCAUAUAAUUUCUAAUGGGGCUGUAUUUACUGUCAAUACUAAAGUAGUCAUAAGGAUAUUAUUAGUUAUGCAUUAUUAAUAGUGCGUAAAGACAUGAGCACCAGAAACAGAUCCCCACCGCCGGACUGAUCAAUAACCAACAUCCUCUUUCAUCAGGACCACCAGCUGUAUACCUGGAGGGGGGCGAAACAGCAAAGAAGUGCAUGUAUAUUCCUAAACACGUGGAUUGUAUAUAUAUAUAUAUUUGCUAUUAUAGAAAUGCUGGAUGCUUAAAUUCGCUGUCUAGUACCUGUUUUGAGUAGCAUCAGUGGACUUCAUUGAGUUGCCCGUCAACAGUCAAUCGCUGGAUCCGGACACAAUGGAUCUUACACCAGUCGCGCUCCUCGUGUCCCUCAUCUCCGUGUCUCUGUCUGCGGAUAACGCGGGCGGUAAAGCGCGGAGCUGCGCGGACGUGCGCCAGUUCUACAGCGGGAAAGGGUUCACGUUAAACGGCGUCCCCCAGUCCGAGAUUUCAGGGGAACAUCUUCGCAUCUGCCCUCAGGGCUACACCUGCUGCACCAGUGCUAUGGAGGAGACGCUGUCGAACCUGAGCCGCCGGGAGUUUGAGGGUCUGGUCAGGGAAGCAGGACGUUCCAUACAGGCCUCGCUCAAUGCCCAGUACAGGACAUUCGACACGUACUUCCUUGAACUUCUAAAUGGCUCUGAACGGUGGCUGGAGGAGGCUUUCGUGGCAGCUCUGGGGGAUCUGUACCGGCCUAAUGCGGGAGUGUUUCGUGAUCUCUAUGCCGACCUGCGGCGGUAUUACAGUGGCGCCGCCCUAAACCUUGAGGAGGUGUUGGACGAGUUCUGGAUGAGGCUCUUGGAGCGUCUGUUGAAGGCGUCUGACCCUGAGACCGCCUCCCUGCUCUCUGAUGACUUCCUCGAGUGUGCCUCCAAGCAGACGGAGACCUUGCGUCCUUUUGGAGACGCUCCACGUGAAUUGAAGGCCAAGUUGGUGCGGGCGUUUAUCGCUGCUCGGGCAUUUGUCCAGGGCCUUAAUGUGGCGGGAGAGAUUGUACGAAAGGUGUCUCAGGUUCCUCUGAGCCCGGAGUGCAAUCGUGCCAUUAUGAAGCUGGUGUACUGCCCGCACUGUCGAGGCCUUAGUUCAGUCAAACCUUGCGUCAACUACUGCAAGAACGUCAUGAAGGGUUGCCUGGCCAAUCAAGCUGACCUGGACACUGAGUGGCAGAGCCUUAUAGAAACCAUGCUACAAGUGGCCUCCAGUUUUAGUGCCGAGCCCAGUAUGGACACAGUGAUCUAUUCCAUUCCUGUGAAAAUCUCAGAGGCUGUUCUCACCAUGCAGGAGAAUAUGGAAAUCUAUACCAGCAAAGUUUUUAAAGCUUGUGGUGACCGUGGCGAGGAAGGCACACCGAGCUCAGUAUCUGAUGAGCCAAAAAAGAAAGCAAGCACAGUAACAGCCCUUGAAUACAAACCCAGCCCCAAAUCUGCAGCCAGACUGGAGGUACAGGUCACAGAUGUGUCUAGUAAACUGAAAGAAAUGCAGUUGUACUGGAUCCAGCUGCCCUCGGCUCUCUGCAGUGGUAAAACAGCAUCGACCGCCAAUGGUGACAAAUGUUGGAAUGGCAUGGCCAAAGCUAGUUACCUCCCAGAAGUUAUGGGCGAUGGGCUGGCCAAUCAGAUUAACAACCCAGAGGUGGACAUUGACAUCACCAAGCCAGACAGGACUAUACGUCAACAGAUCAUGCUGCUGAAGAUCAUGUCUAAUCGCUUAAAAAACGCCCUCAAUGGCAACGAUGUGGAUUUUCAAGACACAAGUGACGAUUUCAGUGGCUCAGGAAGUGGUAUGUGUGCGGACCACCUGUGCAUCCGUGGUAGGCCACCAGUCUUUGGGCCGAAAACUGACAGGCCCAAACUUUAUGCCUAUGGGCCUGAAAACAAAAGGGUCAAAGGUCCCGGAAACCAGAUCCAGCCUUCUGUCAUCUUACUGGUUGUGUUACUUGCGAGUCUACUGCUGAGACGGUAAUGGAGACACAGUACCGCUAAAUUGAACUUUGGGAUCUGGGUCAGGAAAUUUGGAUAGGGUGGAGACAGGACAUGGAAUGUUAAAAAUAAAAAAUAAUAGAAAAAAAGAGAAAUGGUGAGCUAUUAAAAUUGCCAAAAGAAAAAAUGAAACCUUGUGAGUGAAUGGACAUUUUACUUCCUCUGGGAUAAAACAGAGGCAUGAAUAUAGCUGGAAAUGGAAUGGGGUUUUUUUUUGUGUGUUUUUGUUAUGUUUUGUAAAACACGUCAGAUUUUAAGCGCUGACUUGUUGCAUCAAUCGACAUCUUGCUUUUUCUACCUUUGAAUGUAAAAAGAUGAACUGGAGAGGAAGAAUUCUGAUUUUAAUUCACAAUACGAGGUUUUCAGCCACUAAGCGACUUACCCACAAUUCUUUGCUCAUAAAGUCACUCAUUCACCAACUACACUAAGUCACCUUGUGGUUCAUUUCACCAUACUUGAGUUAUGCAAGGUCAUUUUUUUUUACAAAUGUUCAUUUAGUCUAAAAUAUUUCACAGAGAACCAUAAUUAGGUAUGACUAAAGGCUCAAGGGGCUGUUCAAACCAAACAUGUUUUUCUGUCCAUUUGCUGUUUUUCAAUUAUUAAUCCAUGUAAACAUAUUCUAGAUGGACGUCUUUGACUGUUGUGCCACGUCUUGCUUUUUUUUCCAGUGUCUCGCACAGGAGUGCGUCAAGCUAAAAGAACUUCAAUUUUUAAAACGUGCCUCGAAAUACCUGCGUUAUAUUUGUCUAGAACAUCUAGCGCUCUUUUAGAGUAAGAACUUCUACCAUUUUUAGCGCAAUAAUGUCUAGUGUUUUUAAGUGCAAGAACAGCUAACAUUUUUUUAAGUGCAAGAACAUCUAGAAUUUUUUACUGCAAGCACGGCUAACAUUUUUUUAGCACAAGAAUUGCUAGCAUUUUUUAGCGCUGUAAUGUCUAGCGUUUUUAAGUGCAAGAAUGGCUAACGAUUUUGUUAGCGCAAGAACAUCUAGCAUUUUUUUUGUGCUGUAACGCGUUUGGUCUCAAUGGCCCCUAAGUCAGUUCUGUUUUACAUUACAAAAAUAUAUUAACUUUGGCAUGAACAUGAAUUGAAAUAUAGAAACACUGACUAUAUAAGAAAUUAUGUGACAAAAUAAAAUAUAAAAUGGUGGUUUCUUUAACUGUGAUUCAUCAUGAAAGGUUUAGAUAGUGAAUUUACAUACACAAUGUCUGCAACAAUUUCAUCCGAUAACAAGCUGCAUUAACGGGUGAAUCUCGCGAAAAUUUUCCAGGUCAUAUUUCACCAAAAAAUCAAAAAGAAAGAAAAUAAGAAAUUAUAUUUUGCAUAAAGAAAUAGUCACAAUGCAAAAAUCUUAAUGGUCCUCCAAAUAGGCUUCACACUAUACAGUUGGGUAAAUAACUUGGAUAAAAAAGUAAUCCACUACAAAUUACUUAUCUAAAAUUGUAAUUGAUGGGGAAAAGUAAUCAUGUUACUAAUUACUUUUAAGUUACUUUCUAAAACAUUUUUCACAGAAGCUUUUGUUUUCCUGUCAACAAAUUCAAAUGUCAAUCGUUCCAUACACUUGCGUUUCUUUCUUACAAUGACUCCUUACUGUCAUUGUUAUUUGUUAUCACAGAAACACAAAUGUUUUCUGUUUUAAAUGUAUUCUAUGUUAUUUUAGAAUUAUAUGUAUCCCAAGUAAUGUACUUAAAAGCAACUUAAUUGAAAGUCAAUUUAAAGAAUUUUAAAUGCGUGACACUACUUUUGACUUCAAAAGUAAUUCGAUUACAGUAACUAAUUAUUUUGUAAUCAGUUUACACCCAAAAAUCACUAAAUAUGAGUAUUUUUUCCUAUUGAUUUUAGGGUAAAAUAUGACGUAGUAAGAGGACAACAAUCUCGUUUGAGAUGCUCUUGUCUGAAAUUGUUAAUGUACAACAAUAAAUGAUAGAAAGACAGCUAGGAACAAAAUAUUUGCUGCACUCACGCUGAUGCAAACCAUUAACUUGGAUUUAGGAACUGUUGGCUCCGUUAUUGCUCAGAGCAGCACAAACUUAUAUCUGGAAUGUAAAUUUUGGAAUUCAUUUUGUAUGAGCACUGAUGGCAUACUUACGUGUUAAUAAGAAGCAUGUGUCAGCCUUGAAUGAAUUGAUUUGCCUUGAAUGGAAUUUUAUUAUUAGCCAAAGCUCAUGCGAAGCAGUCAUUUACAGAAUGUACCAUUUUAAAAUAUAAACACCUGUCACUUUCAUGAAAUAAACUCAUUACAACAGGCAUUACAACAAUUUUGAUUCCAGAGAAAUAUGAUUUGGACAAACAUGAGAAAACAACUCUUUGAAAUGAUUUAGACAAAAAGUUAAUAUCAGCAUCUAGUCCCUAACUGUUACAUUUAAAGAUGUGAAACAAGAUUGAAAUAUCCUUUAUUCCUCUUUUGUCAUCUUCUGAGCAUCUUCUGAAGUGUAAUUACCACAUUACUCUUUUUUUGAUACACAACUGCUGUUCAAUACAUAAGGACUUGGUUUUGUCAAAUAGGUAUGAUAUGUGAAGCAAAAAUGUAAAAAGUUGUGGAAUGUAAACAAAGUACCUGAGAUGUAGUGUACGGUCUCUGUCACAGGAAGGUUAGUUUUUGUACUCGGUUGUCCGGUAUAAAUUAAAAGCACAUUGUAUACUCUUAGUCGAACGAAUGACUCAUUGAAUGGCCGUUGAGAAAGGCCUUAACCUUAAUGUGUUCCAUACAGUAUGUCAGUGACAGAUUGAGCACACGCUCAUUUGAGCAUAUUUGAGGAAUACCGAGAUGUGUGUAUUGGGAAAAUUAAUUUGUUAUAUUUUUAGCACUAGCAUUUUGAUUUGAGGUUUGGAUUUGUAAAUUUGGUCUGUUUUACGUAAAUAAACAUGCACAUGUUGUUCAAACAAAACGGGCUUUGCCAAUCUAAAUCUUUUUGCAUAAUUUUGAUGUUUAUGACCAAUGCAUUGCAAUUUCCUUACGCAGUAUUUUUGUCUUGUUUUUCAGUAAAAUAUCUAAACAUCCCUAAAACAAGAUACAUUUACUUGAGAA